AUGCCUCUGCACGCUCACCCGCGCGUGGCCGUGCCAGACACCGCGCCCCGCGCCUCACGCCCGCUCCGGCCACUGCCUUGCCGCGCCGCUCGGAGCCGCCCGAGCCCUGCACUGUUCCCCGCCUCCUUCCCAUCACCGCGGCUGCCCGCGACCCCACUGCUCUGCCCGCGAUGGCCGCCGUUGCAGCCGCUCAGCUCCGCCGUUCCCCUCCUGCUCAGCCUGGCCACGCGCUGCCCGCACCGCUCAGCACGCGCGCUGCCAGCGCCCGUCCCGCCGUCGCCUUCGCCCCUCUUCGCCUGCGCGCCCCCGCCACCACCUCCACCGCAGCAGCUCAUGCGGGUCGCCGCACGCCUCCUUCGCCCCGCCGGCCCCACGCUGCUCCGCCACAGCCAGCGCCCGCUGCCGCGACCGGCCCCCUCCUGGCUGGAGUCCCCUUCCCAGGUGGACUCGGGAGCGCGACCGCACGCCCGUAACCACUAG